UCUCACUCUCCCCCACCACCCCCUCCCCCUUACGCGGCUUUCACGCACACGCAGUUAGCCUUAACGUUGGUUGGAAUAAGAGGAGUCUCUCUCGUCUAGUCUUGAAAUUCAGAAAUAUCCUUUUUCAAAUCUUCAGUAUGUUUACCUUCGCUCCCAAAAAAUUAAAAUGUUUCAGAAAUAUCAAUUAAGUUGGAUUACGCGUGUGGGAUUAAGGGAGUGUGUUUGCUGGUUUUUCUUAUUUGUUUGAUCUUGUAAUUUCUUUUUUCUCCUCAAUUUUGCUGUGCACUUCACGUGUUUGUUAAAUCGUCUAAGGGAUAGUUCUACUACUACUAUGAUUUUCUUGAAGGAUUGACAUGGCUGAAAGAAAAUUGAAUGAGCCGCAGCAAGAUGCACAAUUGCAGUCUCCUCCUGCAACAAAGGAGGACAUGAUCUCUUACGUGGUAGCAUUGGAGGCUGCUUUGCUACCGUGCUUACCUGCAAGAGAACUCCAAGCAAUCGACCGUUCUCCCCAUCCUUCUCACCAGAUUGAUGUGGAGAGACAUGCUAGAGACUUUAUGGAGGCAGCCAAAAAGCUUCAGCUCUAUUUUAUUGGUUUACUACGCGAGGAUCAGCCCACCAGAGCAGAAACCCUUCAGAAGGAGAUUGCUAUGAUGGAAGAAGAGUUAAAAUUAAAGACUGAGCUAAUUAAUAAGCAAGAGCGACGGAUUCAAGGGUGGAGGGAGGAGUUGAAAGAGCAACUGCACAAACACAAAACUCAGUUGGAAAGAGUGUAACUAGAAAGAUGUCUAAAACUCUGAUUGAACCGAUGAUUAAUACGUUAAACCUCCAUGAAUUUUGAAAGUUUGAAGUUUCGUGUUUUAUAACCUAUACCCUCGUCUGGGCGCCGUUUUCUUACAAAAAAUGCAUUCUUGGGUCACA